AUGUCUCUGCCAUAUCAAUACAGCAAGUUAUCUCCAGCGGCAAGUACUCGGAUCUUGGAGCUUCAACCAUCGCACGAACAGGAAGGCCCGCUACGAUGUAAACUGUGUGAGAUUAAUAUAGAAUCUGAUCCAUUCUAUGAAGCCCUAUCAUAUACCUGGGGCAAGCCAGAGUUCACACAACCACUCAUUCUUGAUGACGAGUUCGUAAUACACAUCACACCAAAUCUUCGCGAUGCUCUGUUACGGUUUCGAUCUCAACUCAACGUCCGGCGUCUUUGGGUCGAUGCCAUCUGCAUUAACCAGCAAGAUGAUGACGACAAAGCGAAACAAAUUCCUCUCAUGACGGAGAUUUAUAGGCGUUGCUCAGGAGUCGUGGUCUGGUUGGGCAUUGAUGCUCGCGGGUCAUCGUCAAUGGAGGCUGUUAAUGCAUUUUCUCGACAAAUCGAUCAUCAAGACGAUGAGAGCAUCAUCCAAGAAGACUUGGAGUGCCUUCUUCGCUUACCCUGGUUUAGUCGACGCUGGAUUGUCCAGGAGGUCGUUCUCAACCCAAACGUAACUCUUUUCUGCGGCGAAUCGCAGAUGCCGUGGCUUCGUCUCCUCCAGGUGGUUCGGAAUAGUCAAAAUGUCAGCGAACUACUGUCGGUGGUGAAGACGAUGGAGUCUAUUUGGAUAUAUCACUGUCUCGGAAUCGAGGCUAGUUCUCAAGCACCUCUAAGGCUUUUAGACCUCCUCUCCGUUUUAUCUGAACUGGGAUGCGUGGACGCCCGCGACCGUAUAUACGCACUCGCUGGUCUUGCUUCCGAUACAUUCCUCACUCAGCCCGGUGAAGUAAGUCGGGAUCCGAGAGAGAUUAAAGUCGCUGUGAGCUAUAACACACCGGCCGAAAACUUAUACAUGGAUCUCAUUACCACGAACUUCCGCUGCUUCGACUAUCGAGAUCUUCUCAAGCACACCGAUCUUAGGGCAGACGGAUUGCGCUUGGGCGGACUCUCCUCUUGGGUUCCUGACUGGAGGCUGCCAGUAGUUAGACAGACGCUAUCAGGGGGUUGGAAUCUCGAGGGGUCACCCAAAGUAUCGCUUGAUGCUGAUUCGAAGGCUCUACACAUUGAGUUCCGAAAGAAACAGGGCGAUCCUGGGUAUAUGAUCCAUGGAUCAAUUGAGAAGGUCUCAAAUGACUUUCCCCUCAAUGCCUCUCCGAAUGCCAUCAUAGAUUGGAUUAAAGAAGUUUGGGAUCUCUUACUCGGAUGGGCUACGGCAGCAACUCGGGAGCUCUUGAUACACCAGCUCGGAAUGAUCUUCUUCCAAGACCACAUGAGAGACGAGUGGUCCAAAGCAGUCGCCAAUUAUGAUUGGCAAAUGUACUACUUUAAGGGUUAUGCAGAAUUCACGGAGAUGAUGCUGAAAGGGUCGGAAUAUUCUCAGGACGAGAAAUUGUUCACGUUGCUUAAACGCACCAUGGAAGGCCGUCGGCUCUUUCUAUUAUCGCCUAAGCCUGGGCGACCGACAUCAAGCAACGAUGAAUCCAAGUCUAUCAGCACCUCUGACCGGCCUGCAAUCGGAAUAGGCCCGUCACACGCACAAUCUGGUGACCUUGUCUGUACUAGAAACACCACCACAAAGACAUGGGCCGGGAUUUCACACGCUUGUACAGCCGACUCUACUUUCUUGCUUCGCGAGACUGGACAUAGGCACAAGCUACACUCCAUCAUGUUAUGUUAA